GCGCCGCCCCCCUCCCGCGGACGCGGGCAUAUGAGGAGGCGGAGGCGGCGGCCGCCGCAGCCUCUGUGCGGUGGGACCGACGGACGGACGGACGGACGGACUCGCGCACCGACCGAGGCGCGGGCGCUGCAGAGGCCCCCAGCCCAAGCCUGCGCCUGAGCCCGCCCCGAGGUCCCCGCCCCGUCCGCCCGGCUCUCUCCCCGCGGAGCCGCCAAGAUGGGGGACAAGAAAGAUGACAAGGGCUCGCCCAAGAAGAACAAAGGCAAGGAGCGCCGGGACCUGGAUGACCUCAAGAAGGAGGUGGCUAUGACAGAGCACAAGAUGUCAGUGGAAGAGGUCUGCCGGAAAUACAACACAGACUGUGUGCAGGGUUUGACCCACAGCAAAGCUCAGGAGAUCCUGGCCCGGGAUGGGCCUAAUGCGCUCACGCCACCGCCUACCACACCAGAGUGGGUCAAGUUUUGCCGGCAGCUCUUUGGGGGCUUCUCCAUCCUGCUAUGGAUCGGGGCCAUCCUCUGCUUCCUGGCCUACGGCAUCCAGGCGGGCACCGAGGAUGACCCUUCUGGUGACAAUCUGUAUCUAGGCAUUGUGCUGGCGGCCGUGGUGAUCAUCACUGGCUGCUUCUCCUACUACCAGGAGGCCAAGAGCUCCAAGAUCAUGGAGUCCUUCAAGAACAUGGUGCCACAGCAAGCCCUGGUGAUCCGGGAAGGUGAGAAGAUGCAGGUGAAUGCUGAGGAGGUGGUGGUCGGGGACCUGGUGGAGAUCAAGGGUGGAGACCGAGUGCCAGCUGACCUGCGGAUCAUCUCAGCCCAUGGCUGCAAGGUGGACAACUCCUCCCUGACUGGCGAAUCCGAGCCCCAGACUCGCUCUCCCGACUGCACGCAUGACAACCCCUUGGAGACUCGGAACAUCACCUUCUUUUCCACCAACUGUGUGGAAGGCACGGCUCGGGGCGUGGUCGUGGCCACGGGCGAUCGCACUGUCAUGGGCCGCAUCGCCACCCUGGCAUCAGGGCUGGAGGUGGGCAAGACGCCCAUCGCCAUCGAGAUUGAGCACUUCAUCCAGCUCAUCACCGGCGUGGCUGUCUUCCUGGGUGUCUCCUUCUUCAUCCUCUCCCUCAUUCUCGGAUACACCUGGCUUGAGGCUGUCAUCUUCCUCAUCGGCAUCAUCGUGGCCAAUGUCCCAGAGGGUCUGCUGGCCACUGUCACUGUGUGCCUGACGUUGACUGCCAAGCGCAUGGCCCGGAAGAACUGCCUGGUGAAGAACCUAGAGGCUGUAGAAACCCUGGGCUCCACGUCCACCAUCUGCUCGGACAAGACAGGGACCCUCACUCAGAACCGCAUGACGGUCGCCCACAUGUGGUUUGACAACCAGAUCCACGAGGCUGACACCACUGAGGACCAGUCAGGGACCUCAUUUGACAAGAGUUCACACACCUGGGUGGCCCUGUCUCACAUCGCCGGGCUCUGCAAUCGCGCUGUCUUCAAGGGCGGUCAGGACAACAUCCCUGUGCUCAAGAGGGAUGUGGCCGGGGAUGCCUCUGAGUCUGCCCUGCUCAAGUGCAUCGAGCUGUCCUCUGGCUCCGUGAAGCUGAUGCGUGAACGCAACAAGAAAGUGGCUGAGAUUCCCUUCAAUUCCACCAACAAAUACCAGCUCUCCAUCCAUGAGACCGAGGACCCCAACGACAACCGAUACCUGCUGGUGAUGAAGGGUGCCCCCGAGCGCAUCCUGGACCGCUGCUCCACCAUCCUGCUACAGGGCAAGGAGCAGCCUCUGGACGAGGAGAUGAAGGAGGCCUUCCAGAACGCCUACCUCGAGCUCGGCGGCCUGGGCGAGCGCGUGCUUGGUUUCUGCCAUUAUUACCUGCCCGAGGAGCAGUUCCCCAAGGGCUUUGCCUUCGACUGUGAUGACGUGAACUUCACCACAGACAACCUCUGCUUCGUGGGCCUCAUGUCCAUGAUUGACCCGCCACGGGCAGCCGUCCCUGACGCAGUGGGCAAGUGUCGCAGUGCAGGCAUCAAGGUCAUCAUGGUCACCGGCGAUCACCCCAUCACGGCCAAGGCCAUUGCCAAGGGCGUGGGCAUCAUCUCUGAGGGCAACGAGACUGUGGAGGACAUCGCCGCCCGGCUCAACAUUCCCGUCAGCCAGGUUAACCCCCGGGAUGCCAAGGCCUGCGUGAUCCACGGCACCGACCUCAAGGACUUCACUUCCGAGCAAAUCGACGAGAUCCUGCAGAAUCACACGGAGAUCGUCUUCGCCCGCACGUCCCCCCAGCAGAAGCUCAUCAUUGUGGAGGGCUGUCAGAGACAGGGUGCAAUUGUGGCUGUGACCGGGGAUGGCGUGAACGACUCCCCCGCUCUGAAGAAGGCCGACAUUGGGGUGGCCAUGGGCAUCGCUGGCUCUGACGUCUCCAAGCAGGCAGCCGACAUGAUCCUGCUGGACGACAACUUUGCCUCCAUCGUCACAGGGGUGGAGGAGGGCCGCCUGAUCUUCGACAACCUAAAGAAGUCCAUCGCCUACACCCUGACCAGCAACAUCCCAGAGAUCACGCCCUUCCUGCUGUUCAUCAUGGCCAACAUCCCGCUGCCCCUGGGCACCAUCACCAUCCUCUGCAUCGAUCUGGGCACCGACAUGGUCCCUGCCAUCUCACUGGCGUACGAGGCUGCUGAAAGCGACAUCAUGAAGAGACAGCCCAGGAACCCGCGGACGGACAAGUUGGUCAAUGAGAGACUCAUCAGCAUGGCCUAUGGGCAGAUCGGAAUGAUCCAGGCUCUUGGUGGCUUCUUCUCUUACUUUGUGAUCCUGGCAGAAAAUGGCUUCUUGCCUGGCAACCUGGUGGGCAUCCGGCUGAACUGGGAUGACCGCACAGUCAAUGACCUGGAGGACAGUUACGGGCAGCAGUGGACAUACGAGCAGAGGAAGGUGGUGGAGUUCACCUGCCACACGGCCUUCUUUGUGAGCAUCGUAGUCGUCCAGUGGGCCGAUCUGAUCAUCUGCAAGACCCGGAGGAACUCGGUCUUCCAGCAGGGCAUGAAGAACAAGAUCCUGAUCUUCGGGCUGUUUGAGGAGACGGCCCUGGCUGCCUUCCUGUCCUACUGCCCCGGCAUGGACGUGGCCCUGCGCAUGUACCCUCUCAAGCCCAGCUGGUGGUUCUGUGCCUUCCCCUACAGUUUCCUCAUCUUCGUCUACGAUGAAAUCCGCAAACUCAUCCUGCGCAGGAACCCAGGGGGUGAGGGGGCUCGGCAAGGCAGCCGAGGAGGGCGGGGGGCAGCAGGGUCUCAGGAAGCUGGUCCCAGGCUCCCCUCGCCCUGCUGGAUGGCUCUGCCACCUGGUUCCCACUCUUCUGUCUCUUCCCAUCUCUCCAGGCCCCCGAUCUGUCUUCUCACGGGUCUCUGUCUGUGUGGUCUCCUUGUCUCUCUCCCUCUCUGUCCCUCUCUCUGCUGGGCGGCUCGCCUUCCCUGUCUCUCUCCAUCUCUUACUCAGUCUCUUUCUUUCCUUCUUUGUCUCUCCAGGUUGGGUGGAGAAGGAAACCUACUACUGACCUCAGCCCCACCACAUCGCCCAUCUCUUCCCCGUCCCCCAGGCCCAGGACCACCCCUGCCAGUCCCCCCAAUUUUGUAUUCUGGGGGGAGGAGCCCUCUCUCCCCGUGGCCCCACCUUGGCCCCCACCCCCUCCACUAUCUCCUGCUGCCCCCACUCUGGCUGGCUUCUCUCCCCUGCCCCAAGCCUCUCUCCUCUCUCUUUUCUGUGUCAGUUUCUCUCCCUCUCCUCACCCCUCUAUCCAUUCCUCCGGCCCCAGCCACCUCCCUGGGCUCUUUUUUACUCCCCUUCAGCCCCCCGGCUGAUGCCAUCUCUGGUUCUGGACAAUUAUCAAAUAUAUCAGUGGGGAGAGAGAAGCGGUGUGUGUGUCGUGCCUGCUUUCUGGACUGCGGCUGGGACAGUGUCCCUUCUGCUGGGGCACGCUGCCAGGAGAUUCUCGAAACGCCAGGAACUUAAGCCUGGCACUGGCUU